GUAAUAAAAGCCCAACCCAUAUUAAAACCCCAGUGGCCACUGCCGUUGGUUGUUAUAACAGAAACCCUAGACCAUCAAUUUGGACUCUUUGAACUCUGAAUCACACACAAUUCAGCGGCAUUUGCACCGGCGAACGAGCUACUGCCAUGGUUAAGUACUCAAAGGAACCGGACAACCCUACCAAAUCUUGCAAAGCAAGGGGAUCAGAUCUCAGGUGCCAUUUUAAGAACACUAGAGAAACUGCACAUGCUAUUCGUAAGUUGCCAUUGAUCAAAGCUAAAAGAUACUUGGAGGAUGUUCUUGUCCACAAACAAGCAAUCCCAUUCACACGUUUCUGUCGUGGAGUUGGGCGUACUGCACAGGCAAAAAAUCGCCAUUCAAAUGGACAAGGACGUUGGCCUGCUAAAUCUGCAAAAUUCAUUCUGGAUUUGCUCAAGAACGCCGAGAGUAACGCAGAAGUGAAAGGGUUGGAUGUGGAUUCCCUUCACAUCUCCCACAUUCAGGUGAAUCAAGCACAGAAACAGAGGCGUAGGACAUAUCGUGCUCAUGGAAGAAUCAACCCCUACAUGUCUUCUCCAUGUCAUAUUGAGCUGACUUUGUCAGAGAAGGAAGAAGCUGUUAAGAAGGAGCCUGAGACUCAAUUGGCUGCAAAGAAGACCAAGUAAAGUGCAGCAUCAGUUUUGGAAGUCUAGUUUGGUAUGCUAGAUAGAAAGAGUUUCGUUUUUACCUUGAAGAGAUGUACUUUGAUAUUGGAAGAUUUUUUAUCUAAUGUUCAGUUAUGAAAUUAUAAAGCUAAAUGUGAUUUACUUACUUUUUUACUUUUGAAUUUUUUGUUUUUGGUGGAAUAGUUAUGAUAAGGGAGUCAUACUUUCGAUUCAAUGAUAAGGAUGUGAGAAUUACAUGUGA